AUGAAGGUAACAGUUGAAAGGACCGGCGCCGCCCAAAUCCAGCCCCCUCCCAAACCUCCGCCGCCGUCAGAUCUUCCCCACAGGCCAAGUUUCCCACGCAGGACGCCUAGACGGCGGUUGAAGGCUCCCGGAGCCGGAGUCCGGAUUAGGAGGGAACCCGGAGCCCCGCCCGCGAAACGGGGCAGCCGGCCCGAGACUCCUUUGCUUAGGUGGAAGUUCGAUGAAGGCCGUGGCGACGAUUUCACGGCCGCGGAAGAGGAUAAAUCAGGCACCGAAGCUGGACGGAAGUGCCGGCGGAGGAUUAAGACAGAGGUAUCGGCCAGGAAGCUCGCCGCUGGCCUGUGGCGCCUCUAUACGCCGGAGUUUCAGAUUAAUUUUGGGCAAAGGGUUGGAGGGUUUCAGUCUUCUGGAGUUGGCCAUUUUGGAGGCUCUUUCCAUUGUCAUCAUGUUCAUAGAGUUCAUGGUUCACCAGCUAAGGAUUUGAUGCAUAGUCCGAGAUCCAUGUCUGGUCCAAAGCAUGAGCUUUUCUUUAAUAAGUUGGACCCAUCUUUCCAGUUCCCGAAUCCUGAAAUGGAAGGCGCAACCAAGUGGGACCCCCACGGCUGGAAAGCGUCGAACGAGUCAAACGCUCAAAUAUUCGCCCGCCCCAAAACCCCCCAACGCAACAGGUCCGGCCCCACCACCACUGCCAUUCCUGCCCUGGAGGCAGAGCUCGACCGUGCCCGGGCCCGCAUCGACGAGCUGGAGUCUGAGCGCCGGUCCUCCAAGAAGAAGCUGGAGCAGUUCCUGCGCAAGCUGGGGGAGGAGCGGGCUGCAUGGCGCAGCCGGGAGCACGAGAAGGUGAGGGCAAUCAUGGACGACAUGAAGUCUGAGCUAGCCCGUGAGCGCAAGAACCGGCAGCGGCUCGAGUCAGUCAACUCGAAGCUGGUCAACGAGCUGGCGGAUGCCAGGCUGUCGGCCAAGCACCUCAUGCAGGAGUACGAAAAGGAGCGAAAAGACCGCACACUGAUCGAGGAGGUCUGCGACGAGCUGGCAAAAGAGAUUAGUGAGGACAAGGCUGAGGUGGAGGCCCUCAAACGGGAGUGCACGAGGCUCCGGGAGGAAGUCGAGGAGGAGAGGCGAAUGCUGCAGAUGGCCGAGGUAUGGCGAGAAGAGCGUGUGCAGAUGAAGCUGGUGGAUGCCAAGGUGAUGCUCGAAGAGAAAUACGCAGAGAUGAAUGCUCUGGUCGCGAGCCUUGAAUCAUUCUUGAGUUCGAGCCCACAGGAGAUUGAGAAAGCUGAGUUUCUCGUCCAGGUAGCGAAAUCGUUGAGCAUGCAGGACGUGCGGGAUUUGACGUACGAGCCCCCAAAUACAGAUGACAUCUUCUCUGUGUUGGAAGAUGGAAAUUUCAAUGGGCUGGGCAGCAGGGAAGACGGAACAUGUGGUGGAGAGUACAGCCCAAUCAGCCGGGCUUCGAAGAUCCACACUGUCAGCCCGGAAGUGAAGGUUCUUGCCAAUGAGAGUGGGGGAUUAUUGGAGGAGGAUGCUAGCGAGUGGGAGACUGUGAGCCAUCCGGAGGAUCAGGGGUCGAGCUAUUCACCUGAGGGCAGUGACCCUUCGGUUAAUAGCAGGAAUUUCCGUGCCAGCAGUAGCUCGAGAAAUGGGGCCGAAUGGGAAAAGGAUGGGGCGGGAAGAAUAUUGGAGAUAAGGGAGGUUGACUCGGCCCAAAUGAGGCAGAUCAAGAGGGCCUCGUCUAUAUCUAAGCUGUGGAGGUCCUGUCCAAAUAAUGGAGAUGGCUGUGAUGGAAAGAACGGGAAGCCGUCAAACGGGAGGAUUUCCAACGGGACUGUAUUUUCUCCAAAUAACGGGCUUGGGCUUAGCCCGCAGGACUUUUCGGGUCAGUGGAGCUCGCCCGAUUCGGGUAACCCGCACAUAAAUCAUCGCACGAUGAAAGGGUGCAUUGAAUGGCCGAGAGGUGCCCACAAGAGUAGUCUCAAGACUCGGUUAUUGGAGGCGAGAUUGGAGAGUCAGAAAGUCCAGCUGCGCCAGGUUUUGAAACAGAAGAUUUAG